AUGGCAUCCCUUCGUUCGUUCAUGAUUCGAAUGCAAUACAUCGAUCGGUCGUCGCCAAUUCCACCCAAACGCAGACGUGAAAGACGGCAUUCUUCAGCUGCCUCAACUAGCACUAAUAUUUUUGCUGAUACAAACAAUAACGCGUUACUGCAACCGGUCGUCAAUCCUUCACGAAGGCGUCGCAAAGUGCCGGCAUUCAUUUAUGAAACACAACCUUUCAAAACCGGAAACGGUAACCAAUCGUCCCAGCUGGCUAGCGUGCAAAGAUUCGAUGGAUUAGAUGUAAAACUGAGAAGCGAACAACCUUUGUUGGUUUCUGCCGAAAGGUUCUUUACGAUCGUGCAAGCCGUUUGCGCAACCAACAGCUCGGAGAACUAUUCCGUGUCCGCAGUGUAUUGCGUGCCGCGCAUGGUGCCAAUAUCGAACGUUUCAACUGCAUUCCUGCAUUACGAUACAGAAACGAAAAGCGAAACUAUUCGUUACUGCACCACCAUCGAGUUUCGGCGCCAAUACUGUCCCGUAGCUAAACAGAUGAUUUCGGCAGAACAGUGGAAUCCAGAGGAUUCGGAACCAGCGAGUUUUGUGUCGUACGCCUGUUACAACGUUUCGGCAAAUUGA